UGUGUUUUUGUGUUUAUAUGGAUGAGAACCUAGCUAGCCAAGACAAAAACCUAUUUUACACACAAACUUCAUAAUUUAUUGGAAAUUUUCGGAAUCAUGUCAAAGCGCCAACAGGAACGGCAGAGGCUACAGCGAAAAGUUCGUGCCAACUUGCCACAUCGUACAUUUCGUGAAAUCAAAUUCGAUCGUGAUGAGAUACGUCAGACGAUUGAACCAUUGAGCUACAAUGAGGCACGUCGCCAGCGUGGACCCAUCUAUGAGGCACUCGAAGAUGAGCUCUAUCGUGAAGGCUGCCGCCAAUUGCCAGAGUUUCUACGUUGUCUGGCCGAUAAGGAGAAAACCCUCUACGAGUCUGUCAUUAUACGUGAUCGCAUAAGCGAUGAUCGUCCGUUGCUCUAUGCAGUGAUUGAUAAACUAAAAGAAGCCGAGCUGGCAUAUAUACGUGAUAAACACAAGAGUUUCAAGCAAAGCUUCACCUUGUUCUAUGAGACAAUGCUACUGCUGGAACCGUAUAAGCAAAAAUAUGAGUAUGCUUUGAAUGCGAUAAUGGAGAAUUUGGUAUCGUUGUGUCACAAGACCCAGGGUCAAGAACGAGAUGCUGCCGAGAUGAUAGCACGCAUCUAUUUCACCUAUGGCGAGUAUCUAGAACGUAUGCAACAGAGAGUGAAUGCCAUAAGCUAUUUGCAAAUAACCAUUGACUUGGUACGUGGUCAUGUUUGGACAGCGGUCAGGGAUAUGCCACCGGGUAGUUUCACUCUACACGAAUUGGUGGCCCAAAAAUUGGCACGACAAUUGCUUCUUUAUGGCAAACAGAUUGUACGCCAUCAACCCGAGGAGGCAAUAGCAUUGGCCAGGCGAGCCACUAUACUUGUAGCCGAAAUUGGCAGACAACAGAAUUUGGAUAUAUUCUGUGAGACUUUCAUGGAACGAGCCUAUUUUCUUAUGGAAUCGAGCAACUAUCAUGGUGCCCAUCAAUGUCUAGAACAAAUACGACCCACGGUUAUAGCCUGUACCGAAUAUCGGUUUGUCAAGCUGAAUAUCAAGUUCUAUCUACUAGCUGGUCAAUGCGCUGAAAAUUUUGAAAAUCCUGACAAGGCCAUAUCCAGCUAUAAGAAGGCCUUACGUCUCUCUCGACUCUACAAUGAUCAAAAAAGUGAGGCUAAUAUUUUACUUCAUUUGGGUAAAAUCUUUGCCAAAGAUACACAAAAACUUUGUCUUGCCAAGAAAUGCUAUGAGCAGGCCAAACACAUUUAUAUUGACUUUAAUGAUAUGAUUAGCAAGAAAAUGGUCAACUAUUUGUUGGCUAAACUCAUGGCCGAUGAAAUAACUCCCUUGUAUAUGGCCAUGCUGAAGGCAUCUACCAAACAAUAUUGCGCCUUCUUUAAUCUGCGGCAAUGGAAAAAUCGCUGCCGACCAUUCUGGAAGAAAUUGGGCGAUGAGAUCAAGAAACAGGAAUCCGAGGAUAUCUAUUGCCUUCUAGAUGAAGAGAAACCAGAUCCUAGCAGGGAGGAGUCUGGUUUUCCCAAUGAAGAUCGACAUUUUUUUAAGGUAGAAGAUUCUUGAACCUGACCCCCGCUUAUUACAAAAAAAAAAAAAAAAUGUUAACGUAAUUGAAUUAAAAGUUUCUGUCGACUGUCGCCGACGUAGAAGUAA